ACAUUCGAUUUUAAGAUUAAAAGAAAGGUUUCGGAAUUUAACAUUAUUGUGUUAAGUGAAUUUUCUCUUUCCAUUUUCAGGGCGAGAUUGGGAUUCGUGGAUCCGCACAAUUCGGAUCAUUUUAAAUAUCGCGGCAAGAAAAAAGGCCUCUUGGAGCAGGAUGAUCCCGCACAAAGUGGAUUUGGAAAAUCCAUCUUGCAAAAUCAUAUUAAUCCUGCUUAUGAACAGGCUUUGAAGAUGAUUCGGCCAUUUUAUGAGAUUUCGUGCGAUCGCUUUAACAGUGAGCGAUUAGUUGAAGAUAAGGAGGACAAUGAAUUGAAUAAUGAUAUUAUGUGUUUUCCAACAAACAUCGAAAAAAAUAAAGGCUUCAAGAAGCACGAAGAUUGCACAGAAAAUAAGAACACCAUUGGGUAUACUAUCGGUUGGGCUAUUAAAAAUAAAAAGGCAUUGAAAAAAGCGGGGUCUUUCUUCAAGGCAGUAUGGAAACCAGUGAAGAGAUCAGCUCAGAAAGUAUGGAGAAACAUGAAAAAUGGAGAAACUGAGUACGUUCAGUUUGAAUAAGUAUCUCUUCCUCCAUCCUUGCAUCAAGUUUCCAUCUGCUUGAUUUGGUC